AUGCUUGAUUUUUCAGGAGAAAAGCUAGGAGCGCUUCAACAACUUCAACAAAAGUUAUCAUCGAAGCAAUUCACAGCUUUAAACCUGAGUGGAAAUGGUAUCAACGAAAUCAGUGUUGAUGAUGCAAAAUUAUUUUCUCAAAUCUCUUAUUUAGAUAUCUCAAAUAACAAUAUUUCAAAUUUAGAUUUCUUAAUAGAGAUUCCUAAUUUAACUACAUUGAUCGCUUCAAACAAUAAUUUAACAUUAUUCCAAUAUAACGGUUCAAACCCAAAGCUUCAGAAGAUUAUUUUAUCAAAUAAUCAAAUAAUACAGAUUUCUUUCAACAACUCUUUGAAUUCAUUACUCUAUCUCGAAGCGAAUAAUAAUAAAAUUAGAAAUAUCAAUUUUGGAAAUAAAGUAAAAUCAUUACAAGAGCUUUAUGUCGAUAACAACUCUAUUAAGAAUCUUAAUGGAGUAGAAAAUUUAAUCAGUCUUCAAAAACUUUCUGUCAAAAAUAAUAUAAUUGAAGAUUUUCCUCCGAUUAAACUUCCAUCCUUAAUAGAACUUGAUAUAUCAGGAAACAAAGUCAUGACAAUGAAUCCAUUUACUCAAUUUUCGAAUCUACAAACAUUAAAUAUUUCAAAUAACUUGAUUGAUGAUAAAUCAUUCAAUACAGAUUUCUGUCUUAAUAAUUUGGUUAAUUUAAAUGUCAGUUACUCACAAAUUACCAAACCAAUUCAAAUAUCAAAAUUUGCUCCAAAUUUACAAGUUGCUGACAUAUCAAAUACAAAUAUUUCAGAUGAAAAGGAGCUAAUUAAGUUCAUAGAAAAUGCUCGUUCUCUAGCUCUUAUCAAUUUCCAUAAAACUCCUUUGAUGAAUGAUGAAUCAUCUCAAUUAAUUAGCAAACAGAUUAUGACAAGUGCAAAAUCAACAUUUUAUGAUGACAAUGUAGAGAUGACUGAUGUUGAAAGCAUCAAAGCUGGUUUAAAUAACAGAAAAGCCAUUGAUGAAUUAGAAAUGCAGAAUAAAGCAUUAAGAAAUGAAAUUAUCGAACUUAUAUAUGGUGAAAAUAACGAAAAUGACGAUAACUAUUGCGUUACUGAUAUUAUUUCAGAGCUAAAAAGAGAAAAUGAAUUUAUGAAGAAAUUAUUAUUCGAAAAAAGCGCUUCAAAAAUACAAAGAGAAUCAGAAGAUAGGCCAAUUACUCCCAAACGUGAUGUUGAUAUACAGACUUCUCAAAGAUUUGUUAUUCAAAAAGAAGAAAAUUUAAUUUUACCAAAAAGAGAUGCAGAUAUUCAAACAUCGCAAAGAUUCAUAAUCCAGAAGGAAGAAAAAGCUAUUUUGCCUAAACGAGAUGAAGAUAUUCAAACAUCUCAAAGAUUAUUAAUAAAUCAACCACAAAAAGACGAAAAAGAAACACAGAAAGAUAACUCAAUCCUUCUUAAAUAUGAUAAACAACAGAAAAGUCAUUCUUCUUCAUCAGAAAAACCAAAACACAAAAAGAUUGAUUCUGAUUCUGAUGAAGAUCCUUAUGAUGGGUACAAAAAACGCAGAGAUUAUUUACUUCGUCAUUUUUCUGGUAAAUCUCAUCAAAGAUUUUUCGAAUCUCUGCAAGAAAGUAAUUCAGAUUUAAUUGAAUUGCUGAAAUACGAAAAAGAAAAGAGAUCUUCUGAUAAAUCUGCCAUAGAAUACAUUGAACAAUUAUGUGAAGACAAUGCCGCGAUUGUCAACCACCUUGUUAGUAGAGAAGGUCAUAAACACAGACACAAACACAUCCAUCAUCACGUAAUUAAAGUGAAGAAAGAACAAAAACCAAAAAAUGUUAUGAAGCAUCAUCACGCGGAUUUUUUUGGGAGUGAAAGCACGGAUUCCGAGUUUGAUGAGAGAGAAAUAGAUAAUGAAUACAGAUGUGCUUUUUGCCCACCUUCACCUCAAAACCAACAAAAGGAAAAAGAAGAAAUCGCAAAAGUUGAAAAACUUAGAAGACCAAAAAACAUUUUUAAACGUCAAGAAAUCAGAUUAACAUAUUCACUUUCAAGAUCAAAUGAAGCUAAACUAGCUGAAUUAAAGCUUGAAAGAAUCAAUGGAUGCGAUAUAGACUCAAUGAGACUUCCUUAUUGGGAAGAUCUUUCAUGUUUUGUUGAUUUUACUUUUCCUGAUGAAUCAAGGAAGAUAAUCAAGCCAUUGAAGAAUUGUUGGCCAUUUACUGAGAGAGAACCAAGAUCUAUUCCAUGGGAUUAUGAAUAUAAAACAACUCCAGAGACAAGACCAAACUCUGGAAAGAUAAUUGAAACAAUUUCGAUGAGAAAAAUCACUGAAAUGAUUAUUAAUAACGCUCGUCUUAACACAAAAUUCAAUGAACCAAUAAAUAAAGAUGGUAAAGAAGCUGAUAUUAUAAAGCUUUGGAUCAAAGGAGCAACAGGAUAUGAUAUAAAACUCGAUAACAUUCAGAGAGCUCCAAAUUCAACAAAAGUUAUCAAUCUUGGAAGAAAUUCUCCAAUAAAGAAUCUCAAACUUGGAUUAAUGAAAGUCAAGAAUGGUCCUGUUGCAAUGAGAAGACCAAGCGUUGAUAACAUGGUUAUCAAUCUGCAAUCAAUUACUUCAGGAGAAUAUGUUAUGUUUGUUUUCUAUGGAGGAAGGAUUGCAAGAGAUAAACAUGAUAAAACAGUUCCUUCUGGAGUUUUAAUGAGUGUAAUUUCGAAGGCAGGAUUUGACUCAAUCGUUUUCGGAAAGCGUGGACAUCUCAAGAUCUGUGUUUGCGAUGGAUCUAAGGUCGUCCCAAUUUAUUCUUUUUCUGUUUUGUAA